AUGGCACACGGCUCGACGCCGCAGGGCAGUCUGCGGCAGCGAAAUGUCGGGACCAAAAAGAGCUCCGAGUCGCUCGCGAGCACCCGUGAGCGCGAGCUCGACGCGCUCUCCACCUUUGCCGCCCAGCAGUCGGCCGCCGUUCCCGAUCUCAACCACAGGGUGGCCAUCACCUUGAUCUCGGUGCUUGCCUUCAUCACCCGCUUCUGGGGCAUCACCCACCCCAGCGAGGUCGUCUUCGACGAGGUUCACUUCGGCAAGUUUGCUUCCUUCUACCUCGAGCGAACCUACUUCUUCGACGUCCAUCCUCCCUUGGCGAAGCUUUUGUUCGCCGCCAUGGGCUGGCUCGUCGGCUACGACGGCCACUUCAAGUUCGAGAACAUCGGCGAGUCGUACGUCACCAACCGCGUGCCCUACGUCGCCCUCCGCGCCCUCCCCGCCAUCCUCGGCUCCCUCACCGUCACCGUCGCCUACCUCAUCAUGUGGGAGUCGGGCUACAGCGUUCCCGCCUGCGUCCUCGCCGCCGGCCUCAUCCUCUUCGACAACGCCCACCUGGCCCAGACGCGGCUCAUCCUCCUCGACGCCUCGCUCGUCCUGGCCAUGGCCUGCAGCGUCCUCUGCUACAUCAAGUUCUACAAGAUGCGCCACGAUCCCUUCAGCAGGAAGUGGUGGAAGUGGCUCAUCCUCACCGGCUUCGCCCUCUCGUGCGACAUAUCGACCAAGUACGUCGGUCUCUUCGCCUUCCUCGCCAUCGGAUCCGCCGUCGUCAUCGAUCUCUGGGAGCUGCUGGACAUCAAGCGCCCCGGCGGUGCCGUCCCUCUGCCCUACUUCGGCCGGCACUUUGCCGCCCGCGCCUUCGGCCUCAUCUUCAUGCCCUUCAUGUUCUACCUCUUCUGGUUCCAGGUCCACUUCGCCGUCCUCACCCGCUCCGGGCCCGGCGACGACUUCAUGUCGCCCGAGUUCCAGGAGACGCUGAGCGACAACAUCAUGCUCGCCAAGGCCGUCGACAUCAAGUACUACGACACCAUCACCCUCCGCCACAAGGAGACCAAGACCUUCCUGCACAGCCACAACGAGGCCUACCCGCUUCGGUACGAAGACGGCCGGGUUUCGAGCCAAGGCCAGCAGGUCACCGGCUACCCCCACAACGACACCAACAAUCACUGGCAGAUCCUGCCGCUCGAGGCCAACGACCGACAAGGCAUGACGGUGAAGAACCACGAGGUCAUUCGACUCCGCCAUCUCGUCACCGACAAGUUCCUGCUCUCGCACGACGUCGCCUCGCCGUACUAUCCGACGAACCAAGAGUUCACCUGCGUCUCGCAGGAGGACGCCUACGGCGGCCGCGCCAACGACACCCUUUUCGAGAUUCGCAUCGAGAAGGGCAAGGACGGUCAGGAGUUCAAGACGGCCUCGAGCCACUUCAAGCUGAUCCAUUUCCCGAGCAAGGUCGCCAUGUGGACGCACACCAAACCCCUCCCCGAGUGGGGGCACCGCCAGCAGGAGAUCAACGGGAACAAGAACCUCGGCGGGACCUCCAACGUCUGGUUCGUCGAAGACAUCCCGUCGCUGCCGGCCGACGACAAGCGCCGGAGGAAGGAUGAGCGCAAGGUCAGGUCCAUGCCCUUCCUCGUGAAGUGGUACGAGCUGCAGUCGGCCAUGUUCUACCACAACAGCAAGUUGACGAGCAGCCACCCGUACGCGAGCCAUCCGUACCAGUGGCCCUUCCUGCUGCGCGGCAUCAGCUUCUGGACACACUCCGACACGCGUCAGCAAAUCUACUUUGCCGGCAACCCCGUCGGAUGGUGGAUCGCCGCCGGUCUGCUGGCCGUCUUUGCCGGCAUCAUCUGCGCCGACCAAGUAUCGCUGAGGCGUGGCGUCGACGCUCUCGACCACCGCACCCGCUCGCGAUUGUACAACUCCACCGGCUUCUUCUGGCUCUGCUGGGCGACGCACUACAUCCCCUUUUGGAUCAUGGGCCGUCAGCUCUUCCUGCACCACUAUCUCCCGUCCCAUCUCGCCUCCUGCCUCGUCGCCGGCGGUCUCCUCGAGUUUGUCUUCAACUCGGAACCGGCCGACGACGAGGCGCACGCAAAGGGUGGAAGGAGGGCCUCGAACGCGAAGCCGAGGAAGCAUCUUACCUCGCAGGAGAGGUUCGCGGGCAAGAGCAUGAAGAAUGCCUGGUUGGCAUGCAGCGUCAUACUCGUCGCCUGCAUCGCCUGCUGGUUCUACUUCCUGCCCAUCACCUACGGUUAUCCCGGGCUCUCGAUCCCCGAGGUGCAGAAUCGCAAGUGGCUCGGAUUCGAUCUCCACUUUGCCAAAUAG